UGUGCCGUUAUUGGUUUGAUUACUGGUUUAAUUUGGAUGUUCAGCGACAGAAACUGUAAGCAGAGGCCUUAUAGUCACACCAUCGGCAGAAUCUUCAGUAAUGCGGCUCUUAUAUUGUCGACUCCAGACUUUUACACCGACCUGAUCCCGGUGCAGUGAGUCCAGACAUGGGGCGGUACUUCUACAGCGAGGACCACAUCAAGAGUCCGUGGCAUCAAGUUCUGGCUGCUUUCUGGCAACGCUACCCAAACCCAUACAGCACUCAUGUCCUCACUGAGGACGUCCUGUACCGUGAGGUCACCCCCGCCAACCUCUUGUUGUCACGGAGACUGCUGACCAAAACCAACCGGUUGCCAGGGUGGGCGGAGCACAUCUUUCCCACCCACAUGGCGCGGGCCGUCUACGUCCUGGAGGACUCCAUCGUGGACCCGGAAGCCAACACCCUCGUCACCAAGACCUGGAACCUGAACCACAACACCCUGAUGACGGUGGUGGAGCGCUGCAUGUUUGAACAGGACGGCAGUCAGCCCACAUGGACCAAACUAAAGCGAGAAGCUUGGAUCUCCUCUUCUGUUUAUGGGCUGGCCCGGCCCAUUCAGGAGUUUGGCGUAGCGCGGUACAAAAGCAACCAAACUGAAGCCAUGAAGGGGCUGGACUACGCUCUGACCAAGAUCCAGAGUGAAGAUCUUCCCCAUCUCCAUGGCGACCAGGAAGAGUCGUCUGAGAAACACAAGCCCCGCCCACCAAAUGCCCCGCCCACUCCAGCCAAGAAACCCAAUCAGUUUGCCUGAAACGGUAACAGGAAGUACAAUAACCGCUGUUCUAACCUCAUUGGUUGUAAAAAUUACAAAUUAAAUUAGGUUACCUUAGAUUUGCCUUUUUUAUUAGAAUUAGUAAAGAUUUUAAAUAAUUUUUAGUUUUAUUGAUUUAUUGAGUGUCGUCAUUUUUACA